AAAUAACAAAACCGGAAGUUGUUCCUGAACAGCAUCAGAUCCAGUUCUCGAACAUUGAACUGCUCCACCGCUGCUUUUCCAUUACCCAACGGCAACUGCCAGUCACCCCAUCCCUACAUUCACCCUUGAAUUUUUAUUCUUUUUUUAUUACUGUUUUCUAUUUUUUAUUAUCUCCCUUUUUUUCAGAAGACAUUAAAUAUAUUAAAAAGCUUUUACUCCGCAGUCUUUCUGCCCAGAUUUUCCUUUCUCCAUCAUUGCAGUCUCCCACUACAACCCUACCAAUUGCUUACCCGUGGGUGAAUUGGUGAUUCGUUCGCCAAUCCCCUUCUAUACUACCAACAGCUACCACCGCGGGUUCCUUUGUACACAUACAAUUGGAUCUUCUACACCUGCAAUGGCUACCUCAUCGAUCAUCACGCGCGGCUCCAGCUCCCUUGCCAACUUUACGGUUCGCUCCCGCCCCAAGGUUGAUAUUAUACUCGCCAAUCAAACGGAUGGCUUGGUCCCUUCAUUCACCACCGGAGAUACCAUCAAGGGUACGGUUACCAUCACGGUCGAUCAUGAUACUCGCUUUGAUGACCUAGAAAUUACAUUUGAGGGAACAUCGAGGACCUCGGUGGAGCGCCAAUCGAUGCCCGGCCGGACUGGGGCUUACCAUACAUUCCUCCGACUGCGACAACCCAUCGAUGAGUCCGCAUAUCCCACCCCCCGGGUUCUUGAACCCGGGCGCAACUAUGAGUUUCCCUUCACCUUUGUGGUACCUGAGCGUCUUCUGCCUCAUAUCUGUAACCACGCCAAAACCAAUCUGCAUGUCGAACAAUCGCACACGCUGCUGCCCCCCACGUUUGGUGAUCCCAUGAUAGCCAGCAACCGCAAAUCGGUCAUCGACGACAUGGCCCCCGAAAUGUGCCGCAUCUCCUAUCUCGUUCGUGUGACCCUCCAGAGAAAGCCCAUGGCCCAGAACGCCUCCCCGGUUACGCUAGUGUCCGUUGGGAAAAAGGUACGGGUCAUUCCUGCGGUGGAUGAGGAACCACCCCUUAAUGUGGAGGACAAUGAUGGCUUGUACAGCGUCCGCAAAGAAAAGGAUGUGAAGCGUGGCUUAAUGAGGGGGAAGUUGGGCCGAUUGGUGCUGGCUGCCGCACAGCCCAAGCCAGUGCAGUUGAGUCCAUCCGACACCGGGAGCUGCGAUUCAGUGAGCACCGUUGCCACGAUGCAGCUACGCUUCGAUCCGGUGGGCAACGAGCAGCCUCCUCGUCUAGGAACUGUAUGGAGCAAACUCCGAGUGUCGACCUUUUACAGCUCCGAUCCCUGGGGUGAUUAUCCGUCCGCCGCCUGUAUCAAAUCCUGGGCGCAGAUGGGCCGCGCCAUGUACACCGAGACUGUACCACUGUCCACCAUGUGCGUUGCAUCCGCACAAUGGAUCAAACACACCGACACCGAUCUCGAACGCCGUGACUCCAUGCACUCGACCUCGUCUACUGACUCAUUGCCAAGUCCAUCUGCCUCGUUCGCCGGAAACACCUACUAUACCGCGUCGGUCGUUGUGCCAAUCACCCUCCCCAAAUCCAAGUCAUUUGUGCCGACGUUCUACUCCUGCUUGAUCGCGCGCGCGUACGCCCUAGAGCUCAGCAUCUCUUACCACGCCGCUAAUUCCAGAAUCCUGACGCCCACUGCAUCCCUGAAGGUCCCACUUCAGCUGACCUGCGAAGCACAGCCAGGCACCGGAGCUAAGGGCACCGUGGUCGAUAUUUCCCAGGAUGAAGUGAACACGCAAUUUUUCAGCCCGCGCAGCAUUGCGCCCCCAUCUGUCUCCGAGCUCGUCCCUAUUGCACCACCCGCGUAUACGUCGGUCCAGGUUUCCAACCUGCCUCCUGACCGCUCGAGAAUGUUACCGCCAUCGGUGACCAACUCCGGCAGCGUUAGAGUUUAGGGGCGCCCUGCUAGUACUGCGUUGCUGCCAAGGCAACACAGAAUUCCCAGGGGUGCACCCAGAUGUUACGUUCUUUAUUUCUUUUCUAUUGGCGUUUUGGUUUCAUGUGGUUACAAUAUACCCAGGUUUGCAAAAGCAGAAAAAGUUUGUUAUUCGGGGAUACCCAGCAUGAUGUUGAUUUACCAGGCAUUUGCAUAUGGCUUGAUUAGGGAAUGGAAUCCCAUUAUACUUUAAUUAAUGAAUGAAUAUAGUCAUUGAAAUUGAAUCAGG